AUGAAGAGGAGCAGAGGAGAUCUACCAGUAGACGGUGAAACAGAGGAUGAAGAGGAGCAGAGAGGAGAUCUACCAGUAGACAGUGAAACAGAGGAUGAAGAGCAGCAGAGAGAUCUACUAGUAGACGGUGAAACAGAGGAUGAAGAGGAGCAGAGAGGAGAUCUACCAGUAGACGGUGAAACAGAGGAUGAAGAGGAGCAGAGAGAUCUACCAGUAGACGGUGAAACAGAGGAUGAAGAGGAGCAGAGAGGAGAUCUACCAGUAGACGGUGAAACAGAGGAUGAAGAGGAGCAGAGAGGAGAUCUACCAGUAGACGGUGAAACAGAGGAUGAAGAGGAGCAGAGAGGAGAUCUACCAGUAGACGGUGAAACAGAGGAUGAAGAGGAGCAGAGAGGAGAUCUACCAGUAGACGGUGAAACAGAGGAUGAAGAGCAGCAGAGAGAUCUACCAGUAGACAGUGAAACAGAGGAUGAAGAGGAGCAGAGAGGAGAUCUACCAGUAGACAGUGAAACAGAGGAUGAAGAGCAGCAGAGAGGAGAUCUACCAGUAGACGGUGAAACAGAGGAUGAAGAGCAGCAGAGAGAUCUACCAGUAGACAGUGAAACAGAGGAUGAAGAGCAGCAGAGAGGAGAUCUACCAGUAGACAGUGAAACAGAGGAUGAAGAGGAGCAGAGAGGAGAUCUACCAGUAGACGGUGAAACAGAGGAUGAAGAGGAGCAGAGAGGAGAUCUACCAGUAGACGGUGAAACAGAGGAUGAAGAGCAGCAGAGAGAUCUACCAGUAGACAGUGAAACAGAGGAUGAAGAGGAGCAGAGAGGAGAUCUACCAGUAGACAGUGAAACAGAGGAUGAAGAGGAGCAGAGAGGAGAUCUACCAGUAGACAGUGAAACAGAGGAUGAAGAGCAGCAGAGAGGAGAUCUACCAGUAGACAGUGAAACAGAGGAUGAAGAGGAGCAGAGAGGAGAUCUACCAGUAGACAGUGAAACAGAGGAUGAAGAGGAGCAGAGAGGAGAUCUACCAGUAGACGGUGAAACAGAGGAUGAAGAGCAGCAGAGAGAUCUACCAGUAGACAGUGAAACAGAGGAUGAAGAGGAGAUCUACCAGUAG